AUGGCUGCAAGUCAAGGAUCCCCUAAAAGGGCAUCGCCUGUAAAAGGUUCGCCGAAAAAGGUAGUGAAGAAGAGAAGACGAUCGGGGUCCAAGGCAAAGAAAGCUACGCACCCAACGACUCUUGAUAUGGUUGUAGCUGCAAUUCGUCAACUAAAGAACCCAAGAGGAUCUUCAGCUCAAGCUAUCCGCAGGUAUAUCUUGGCUACCUAUAAGGUGGACGCCAACCGCGUAGGUGGCAUGCUACGUCGCGCUUUCAAGGCUGGACUUGAAAAAGGAGCUAUCGCCCGCCCGAAGGGUUCAACUGCAAUUGGAGCAAUUGGCCGAUUCCGAGCCGCUAAGCCUGUACCCAAGCCAAAGGCCAAGAAGGCAGCACCAAAGAAGGCAAAGAAGCCUAGGGCAAAGAAAGCCGCAACACAAAAGAAGGCAAAAAAGCCCAGAGCAAAGAAAGCUGCCAAGUCUCCAAAGAAGGUAAAGAAAACUACCAAGAAAGCGAGUCCCAAGAAAGCAAAGAAACCUGUGAAGAAGGCCACUAAGCCAAAAGCAAAGAAGCCAGUGACAAAAAAGUCCAAGUCUGCUGCAGCCAAGAAGCCCAAGGCAAAGAAGACUGCGAAGAAGUAGUCUGUGGAGGCCUAUUUCAAUAACCAACCGGCCCUUAUCAGGGCCACCAAUUCCUCCCAGGAAUAAUUUCUGAAUUUGCACUUAUUAGAUACUAGG